UGUGCGCGCCCGCUCUAUGAUGCUUGCGCGCGUCCCCCGCGCGCCGCGCUGCGGGCGGGGCGGGUCUCCGGGAUUCCAAGGGCUCGGUUACGGAAGAAGCGCAGCGCCGGCUGGGGAGGGGGCUGGAUGCGCGCGCACCCGGGGGGAGGCCGCUGCUGCCCGGAGCAGGAGGAGGGGGAGAGUGCGGCGGGCGGCAGCGGCGCCGGCGGCGACUCCGCCAUAGAGCAGGGGGGCCAGGGCAGCGCGCUCGCCCCGUCCCCGGUGAGCGGCGUGCGCAGGGAAGUCGCUCGGGGCGGCGGCCGUGGCCGGGGGCGGUGGAAGCAGGCGGGCCGGGGCGGCGGCGUCUGUGGCCGUGGCCGUGGCCGGGGCCGGGGCCGUGGCCGGGGCCGGGGCCGGGGCCGGGGCCGCGGCCGUCCCCCGAGUGGCGGCGGCGGCCUUGGCGGCGACGGCGGCGGCGGCGGCGGCGGCGGCGGUGGCGGCGGCGCCCCCCGGCGGGAGCCGGUCCCUUUCCCGUCGGGGAGCGCGGGGCCGGGGCCCCGGGGACCCCGGGCCACGGAGAGCGGGAAGAGGAUGGACUGCCCGGCCCUCCCCCCCGGAUGGAAGAAGGAGGAAGUGAUCCGAAAAUCAGGACUCAGCGCUGGCAAGAGCGAUGUCUACUACUUCAGUCCAAGUGGAAAGAAGUUCAGAAGCAAACCUCAGUUGGCAAGAUACCUGGGAAAUACUGUUGACCUCAGCAGUUUUGACUUCAGAACUGGAAAGAUGAUGCCUAGUAAAUUACAGAAGAACAAGCAAAGACUGCGGAAUGAUUCUCUCAAUCAAAAUAAGGGUAAACCAGACUUGAAUACAACAUUGCCAAUUAGACAAACAGCAUCAAUAUUCAAACAGCCUGUAACCAAAGUCACAAACCAUCCUAGUAAUAAAGUGAAAUCAGACCCACAACGAAUGAAUGAACAGCCACGUCAGCUUUUCUGGGAGAAGAGGCUACAAGGACUUAGUGCAUCAGAUGUAACAGAACAAAUUAUAAAAACCAUGGAACUACCUAAAGGUCUUCAAGGAGUUGGUCCAGGGAGUAAUGAUGAGACCCUUUUAUCUGCUGUUGCCAGUGCUUUGCACACAAGCUCCGCACCAAUCACAGGACAAAUCUCCCCAGCUGUAGAAAAGAACCCUGCUGUUUGGCUAAACACAUCUCAGCCCCUCUGCAAAGCUUUCAUUGUCACAGAUGAAGACAUUAGGAAACAGGAAGAACGAGUACAACAAGUCCGCAAGAAAUUGGAAGAGGCGCUGAUGGCAGACAUCCUGUCCAGGGCUGCUGAUACAGAAGAGAUGGAGAUUGAAAUGGACAGUGGAGAUGAAGCCUAAUGUGUGAUCAGGUUACUUUCGACUGACUUUCCCCAAGAGAAAAUUCCUAGAAAUUGAAUAAAAAUGUUUCCACUGGGUUUGCCUGUAAGAAAAAAAUGUACCCGAGCACAUAGAGCUUUUUAAUAGCACUAACCAAUGCCUUUUUAGAUGUAUUUUUGAUGUAUAUAUCUAUUAUUCAAAAAAUGAUGUUUAUUUUGAGUCCUAGGACUUAAAAUUAGUCUUUUGUAAUAUCAAGCAGGACCCUUAAGAGGAAGCAGAGCUUUUGAUGCCAGGUGCAAUCUACUGGAAAUGUAGCACUUAAAUGAAAGAUUUGUCCCCCCGCCCCAGUUUUAAUAUAAACAGAUCAGGAGUACCAAAUAAAUUCCCCAAUUAAAGAUUAUUAUGACUUCACUGUAUAUAAACAGAUUUUUAUACUUUAUUGAAAGAGGACACCUGUACAUUCUUCCAUCAUCACUGUAAAGACAAAUAAAUGAUUAUAUUCACAGA